AUGACUUACUCCAGGGCUUCGGUUACCUCAACACCGAUCGCCAACAAGGAGAAUAUCCCUCGCAGCCGAUUUCCAACACCACAGUCGCUUGAUCGCCUGCACAAGCCGUUCAAGUGCCCCGGAGCUGCGAACCGAACUCCAGCCGCAGAUCGUCCUGCUCGAAAGCGCAGAAAGGUCGAUUACAAAGGCGCUGACGGCAAUGUUGAUGCCGAUGCAGACAAGCCAUACACCAAUGCUGACCGGCUCGCUCUCGCCAACCGGGAUGCCAAUAAAUUUCCGGUCUUUCAGGUGAAGGAUAAGGACAAGAUGUUUCGCAAAGCAUUCUCCAUCCCUCUCAUCAACAAGAACAGCACUGCCUACAACCCCAACAGGCCACCUCCAACUCUCGGUUUGAGACAGGGAGCAGUGUUCGUCGCCAAGCCUCUACAUGAUCCCAGUGGCGAAUUUGCCAUUGUUCUAUACGAUCCGACCAUUGAUGACAAGCCCAAGAUUGCCGAGAAGCCCAAAGAGGAGAAAGAGAAGGAGCCCGAGGCGAAGCUAGACGCCCCGCUUAUGCACAAGAGCUUAGCUGAGAUCCUGGGCAUCAAGAAGAAAGUCGUGGGCGAACACCCGCGAGUGCCUGUGGUCAUCGAUCCCAGGCUUGCAAAGGUUUUACGACCGCAUCAGAUUGAGGGAGUGAAGUUCAUGUAUAGAUGUGUGACGGGCAUGAUCGACGAGAAGGCAAAUGGCUGCAUCAUGGCAGAUGAGAUGGGUCUGGGAAAGACACUGCAAUGCAUUACCCUCCUCUGGACCCUUCUGAAGCAAUCUCCAGAUGCUGGAAAGACGAGCAUUCAGAAGGCGAUUGUUGCCUGUCCGUCAAGUUUGGUCCGAAACUGGGCCAAUGAGUUAACCAAAUGGCUGGGCGCUGAUGCCAUUACGCCGUUUGCAAUUGAUGGCAAGGCUUCGAAAGAGGAGUUAACACGCCAGCUCCGUCAAUGGGCUAUCGCCAGCGGCCGCUCAGUUACAAGACCGGUCAUCAUCGUCUCUUACGAGACACUCCGCCUGAAUGUCGAGGAGCUUAAGAACACUCAAAUUGGCCUGAUGCUUUGCGAUGAAGGCCAUCGGCUAAAAAACGGAGACAGCCAAACAUUCACCGCCCUAAACAACCUGAAUGUUUCAAGACGUGUCAUUCUUUCCGGUACACCUAUCCAGAAUGAUUUAUCCGAAUACUUUUCGCUCAUCAGUUUUGCAAAUCCGGAUCUUCUGGGCACCAGGCUGGAGUUCCGGAAGCGCUUUGAGAUACCCAUCUUGCGUGGCCGAGAUGCUGAUGCAACCGACAAUGAGCGCCAGAAAGGCGAUGAGUGCCUGGUCGAGCUCUUGGCCAUCGUCAACAAGUUCAUCAUCCGCCGCACGAACGAUAUCCUGUCCAAGUAUCUGCCAGUCAAGUAUGAGCAUGUCGUUUUCUGCAACCUUGCUCCAUUCCAACUAGACUUGUACAAUUAUUUCAUCACCAGUCCAGACAUCCAAGCUCUGCUUCGUGGAAAGGGUAGCCAGCCGCUGAAGGCGAUUGGCAUGCUCAAGAAACUCUGCAAUCAUCCCGACCUUCUCAAUCUAUCCGAGGAUUUGCCGGGCUCUGAGAAGCACUUCCCGGAUGAUUACGUUCCAAAAGAGGCUCGAGGUCGUGAUCGGGACAUCAAGCCGUGGUACAGUGGCAAGAUGCAGGUCCUGGACCGUAUGCUUGCACGAAUUCGCGCUGACACCAACGACAAGAUUGUGCUCAUUUCCAACUAUACCUCUACACUCGAUCUGUUCGAGCGUCUUUGCCGCAAUCGCCAGUAUGGCUGCCUCCGUCUGGAUGGCACCAUGAAUGUCAACAAGCGUCAGAAGCUCGUAGACAAGUUCAACGACCCUGAAGGCGAUGAGUUCGUGUUCCUUCUGAGCAGCAAAGCCGGUGGAUGCGGUCUGAAUCUCAUUGGAGCAAAUCGCUUGGUGCUUUUCGAUCCUGACUGGAAUCCAGCCGCCGAUCAGCAGGCGCUUGCUCGAGUGUGGCGUGAUGGACAGAAGAAGGACUGUUUCGUGUACCGUUUUAUUGCGACGGGCACGAUCGAGGAGAAGAUCUUCCAGCGUCAGAGUCACAAGCAGUCGCUGUCAUCCUGCGUCGUCGACUCGGCCGAAGAUGUCGAGCGCCACUUUUCCCUGGACAGCUUGCGCGAGCUAUUCCAGUACCGCGGAGACACGAAGAGCGAUACCCACGACACGUUCAAGUGUAAGAGGUGCAAGCCAGACGGCAAACAAUUCUUAAAGGCGCCGGCAAUGCUUUACGGUGACACGAGUACAUGGAACCAUUUUGUGAACGAGGGCCUUCAGCCCAUCCAGGACUUGCUGUUGAGACAGGAGUGCGGAGAGUCUGAGGUGUCGGCUGUGUUCCAGUACAUCUCGCAUUAG